CAGUGUCCAUCAGUGCCAGCAGUCAGUGCUUAUCAGUGCCACGUGCCAGUGCCCAUCAGUGCCACAUCACAGUGCACAUCAAUGACACAUAUCAGUGCCCAUCUGAGCUGCCUUUCAAUGUCACCCAUCAGUGCCAGUCAGUGCCACCUAUCAGUGCUGCCAAUCAGUGCCACCUAUCAGUGCCAGUCUGUGUCGCCUAUCAGUGUGCAUCAGUGCCGCCUAUCAGUGCCAGUCAGUGCCGCAUGUCAGUGCUGCCUAACAGUGCCAGUCAGUGCUGCCUAACAGUGCCAGUCAGUG